AUGAAAGGUAAUGCCGAAUUCAUUGAACAGGGAAUUACUCAUGGUACUUCCUCAGUUCUCAUUCCACAAUUUCAGUGUUACUCUAUUACAAAGAAACAUGUAUUGGAAGUUACUUUCAAAGUCGAUUUUGACAUAAAUUCUGAUGAAAAGGAAUUACAUUGA